AUGGGAAUGGAUCAUCAUCUUAAUAACCCUCCUCUCCCAUUCCCAUUCUUCCCCUCUCCUUCCUUCUCCUUCUUCCACCACCGCCCUCUCAUGGCCUUCCCCUCCAAGCCACUCAAUCCCAACGCCGACCCAUUUCUCUCUCCCCCAACGCCGCCUCCUCCGCCGCAUGUUGGUGGCUCUCUCGUCUCCGCGUACGGGAAUAUAUACUACCCACGUGCGGGUGCGGGUUUCUACUUGCAGUUCCAUCCCUAUCCCGCCGUUAACUACUACGAUCCCUUGUCGUCGCAGCUGUUCUGGCCGCCGUACCAGGCGGCGGGCUUCGGCGGUGCCGCCGUGCAGGACCCGAAGCACGGCUUCCAGAAGAACUUCAUGAUUUCUAGUGGGCCCCGGCCGGGAGAUAUCAAACCUUCGCCGCAAUGGGUUGAGAAGAACGGCGGUGGCGGUGGCGGUGGCGGCGACCCUGUCGAUGGCUCUGGGGUUACAACCGUGAUGAUCAAGAACAUUCCCAAUCAGUUGAAGAGGCGAGAUCUUCUGCAGUUGCUGGACAGAUACUGCCAAGUGGUGAACCAAAAAAGGGAUUCGAAGCCCGAUUUCUCUGCUGCUGAAUAUGAUUUCGUUUAUCUGCCCAUGGAUUUCAGGAGGUCUUGGUUUGAAGGGAAAGUUUCGAAUCUUGGUUAUGCGUUUGUGAACUUCACCACAUCCAUUGCUGCAUCCCAGUUUUGUACAGUUUAUCAUAAUUACAAGUGGGAUGUUAAUGUCAAUAAGAAAAUUUGUGAGGUCACUGACGCUAGGAUUCAGGGCAAGGAAGCUUUGACGAAUGCAUUCAAGAACAAGAUCUUCUGGUGUUGCACGGAUCAGUACUUGCCCGUGAUGUUAACUCCGGCGAGCAACGGUUUUCGUCGUUACAGAAGGGUUAACGUCGGGAAACGCAUACCCCGCGUCCCUCGAAAGCCAUUGAAGAAGCUAUGCAAGUAGUUAACAACCCUCAUGGUUAUCUUUCAGUUGGUUUUUUUUACUUGUUUGUAGGAUGAUGAGGCAAAAGGGUUUGUGUCUUGUGUUUUCUCUGUCUCCCUGACCGCCGCAGUUUGUUUGGGGAGAAUUUGAAAACAUGAGUGUUUGUUUGUCUGUCUGUUUUCCUCUUUACCAGUUAACUAAGAUAGGGGAGGAUGUUGUGUGUGGCAAUGUCUAUGAAUUGGUCACUUUUUGCUAAUAAUAUU